AUGAGUGAGACAAUGCAUCCAUAUAAAAAGCAUCUGUACAAUACGCAGAAUAUGAACUAUAGUGCCGACCAAAUCGACUCUGAAAGAGCGAACGAUACACAAGAACUUGAACUUAAAAGCAGUCUGGGUGAACUCUCUAUGGAUGUUACUGACGAUGCAGAUUUUGCAAACUCCGAAGACUUUAAUGAGUUAUAUCAGGAUUUGGUGAAACUUCCCCCUACCAAAUUAACACAUGAAAGAUCCCUAACUGAACCAAAAUCCAAUAAUGAUUCUAGUUUGUCCUUAGGGUCAGAUGCGGCUAGGGCACUGAGACAACAACGGACGAGGUCAGUGGAUCUUUCUCAUAUGUAUAUGUUGAAUAAUAGUAACGAUACACAAUUGACGUCUACUAAUGAAUCUGUAGCUGAUAUCUCUCAUCAGAUGAUUACUAGAUAUUUAGGGACAGAUAAUAAUACCUCGUUGAUGCCCAGAUUGAAGACUAUCGAAAUGUAUAGAGAAAAUGUGAAGAAGUCUAAGGAUCCUAAAUUAUUAUUUGAAUAUGCACAAUACAUGUUACAAACAGCAUUAACUAUCGAUACUAAUAGUUCCAUAGGAGUAACCAAAGACACUACUAAUAAUUUAAGUGAAAAAGAUGUAUCCUCAGAAGAUCUUAAGAAACAAUUUCUGAAGGAUGCACAACAUUACUUAAAGAAAUUAAGUUCAAAGGGUUAUUCUGAUGCUCAAUAUUUGUUAGGUGAUGCUUAUUCCUCUGGUGCAUUUGGUAAGGUUUCUAAUAAAGAAAGUUUUAUCUUAUUCCAGGCUGCAGCAAAGCAUGGGCAUAUUGAGAGUGCUUAUAGGACAGCUCAUUGUUACGAAGAAGGUCUAGGUACGACUAGAGACGCUAGAAAAGCUCUAAAUUUUUUGAAGUUUGCUGCUAGUCGAAAUCACCCAUCAGCAAUGUUUAAACUAGGCUUAUAUUCCUUCAAUGGUAGAAUGGGUCUCCCAAAUGAUGUAAACACAAAACAGAAUGGGAUUAAAUGGCUCUCUAGAGCUUCGGCAAGAGCCAACGAGUUGACUAAUGCGGCACCAUAUGAAUUGGCAAAGAUUUAUGAACAUGGGUUCUUAGAUUUAAUUAUCCCUGAUGAAAAAUACGCUAUGGAGUUAUAUAUCCAAGCAGCUGCAUUAGGUCAUAUCCCUUCUGCAACAUUAUUGGGGCAAGUUUACGAGACAGGUAAUUCUGUCAUUGAACAAGAUGUUAGUUUAUCUGUUCAUUACUACACUCAGGCUGCUGUACAAGGAAAUGACCCCGUAGCAAUGUUAGGAUUAUGUGCAUGGUACUUAUUAGGAGCAGAACCUGCUUUCAAGAGGGAUGAAACAGAGGCAUUCCAAUGGGUCUCCAAGGCGGCAAAUCUGGGUCUUCCAAAAGCACAGUUCACUUUAGGUUAUUUCUACGAAAAUGGGAAAGGAUGUGAACAAGACGAAGAAGCAGCAGGAAAAUGGUAUACUAAAGCCGCUAAAAACAACGAUCAAAGAGCUAUACGAAAGGUCAAAAGACAAGAAAAUGCAGAUAACCUUGAAGCUGUUGAUAAUUCUAAAGACAAAGAAAUUAGAAAUCAUAGUCAUAGAAAGAGUAGAAGUGUAACAACUGUGAAUUUAUUCUCAACAACUUCCAAUAGCAAUCAACUGGAUGCAGACCGUUCGAUUGAUAAUAUUCAAGGUGUUCAACAAAAUGAUUAUCUUGAAGUUCAACAAAUGGAUACUCCUAAAUUUUUUAAUAAUCCAAAUUAUAAACAUACUCCGCAAAAUAGCAUCAAUAACCCUACAUCGACAAGUAACAUAUUGGCAGAUUUACCUGAUAAUACCAUUAAUAAAACUACAAACAAUAUAGAUAAGUCGAGCAAUAUUUGGAUGGCAAAGGAUGGUACUCACAAAAUACCGGAAAACAAUGAUAAGAAGGAACUUAAAAUUAAGAGAAAAAAGAAAAAAGAUUGUGUCAUAAUGUAA